AUGUUAAAGGCACGACAGAUUCGUCGCUGGUCAAACUCUGCGUUGGCUUCACCUCCACAUCACCACCGCAGAUUUAUUAAGGAGCAAGGGAAGGAGAAGCAGUGGUGUUACAUGGCGGCAUAUCCGGUCAAGCGUGGUGCAGCGGUGGUUCAAGCCGGUGAUGAGGUGGUGGUCGUGCGGUGGAGAUGCGAGUAUCAUGGUCGGCGGAUACUGAAGAAGAAUGUAGUUUAG